GCCUUCCUCGUCGACCAAUUGGAGCCCUUCAGCUACGACCCGGAGAGCAAGCUGGAUCAGUCGCUGCGACUCAGUGGCCACGUGAUGACCGGCCUGAAGCAGGUCUCCGGCUUCCUUCCUCUGGGCCAGGUGGCGCAGGCGAUCAAGGCUGGAUACUACUUGGUCAGGUAUGGGCCUCUCAUUCUUGCGGGGAAUGAAAUCAUGGAGUCCUUCCAGCUGAUCGUGGGCCUUGCCCGGAAGUUGGAGAUACCGGCAUAUAGCCAGCUGCUUUCACCCGACUUCUUUGCGGGGCUCUACUACGCGAUGGGUGAGCACUGGGGACAUCGAGGUCGCACCCCCAACUUGGAAGCUUUGGCGCACACCGACGUUUCAGGUGGCAUUCCUGCUCCGGAUCGAGGCAUGCUCCUGACCCUGAGACAUCUCACGCGUCUCCUGCUCGUGUCCAAGGAACCUUCCCCGACGGAUGCUCAGCGUUUGCUGCGGCAGGCCAUGCCGGGAUCGGAGCUGCUUCUUGCCGAGCUGUCCUCGACACCAACCAUUCCUUCCUUCUUCCUGGUCUGUUCUCGGACCGCGCAUGCUGCUUACUUGGUGCUGCCGGGGACGCGAAAUCCAGCGGACCUGGCCACGGACUUCAAUGCAGCAGAAGAGCAGCUCCUUGCCUCCACAUACGGCCGACCUUAUCAGCAAGGUUUCCAGAACAAAGAGAACGGCAGUGGUACAAGUAGAUGGCUUGCUCACGGCUUCGUCUAUCUGCAAUAUCUGUCGCUUUUUCCCUCCAUACUUUUUGAGCAUCUGUCCGGACGGCUUGACCUAGCGACUUAUUGGCCUGGGCCUAGGCACAGCAACAGUUAG